AUGCUAUUCAAGGACGUGACUCAACAUACCAUGAAAACUGUCCUAGCCAGUCGACAAGAUGAUCCAAAGCUCAGGUUCACUAAAAAUGGCACCUUUCAAAUCUCAAUAUUUAGUGAUCUACACUUUGCCGAAAAUGCAACGCUUGAUUCAAUGACGAAGAAUGUCAUGUCAGAGGUUGUUACAAGUGAAAAUCCACAGCUAGUGGUUUUGAAUGGAGACUUGAUAUCUGGUGAAGCUACAGAUGGCUCCGAUCCAGGACAGUAUCUCCAUGAAGUUGUGAAACCACUGGUUGAUGCGGACAUAUUAUGGGCAUCGACCUAUGGGAAUCAUGACAGCGAUGUCAAUUUGGACCCAACGCAAGAUAUCUACAAACAUGAGAUAAAAUACCAGAACAGCCUGACAAGUAGCAUGGUUUCAUCGCCUCAAGCUGGGAUUACGAAUUAUUACUUGCCAGUAUAUCCACAUAAAGGCUCAAAUCAAGCCCCUGUGCUUAUUUUGUGGUUCUUUGACUCUAAAGGAGGCCAUUAUCCAACCAACAGAGGCGUUAAUAGCCUUUCUGGCGCAAGAGGUGACUGGGUUGACAAAGAGGUCAACGAAUGGUUCAUAAAUCAGAAUGCCAAUUUAACCGCCAAAUAUGGCAGGACUAUUCCAUCGCUGGCCUUUUACCACAUUCCUGCGCAUGCUAUGCUCAAAUAUCAAAAAGACCAUUUCAAUCGUCGAACUACACCUGGUAUUAAUGGUGAAGUUGUGGUGUCGCAAGGCUCUGGCGACACUGACUACUCCGGGCAGGAUAGUCAAUUCAUGCGGACGCUUCUGGAUACUCCAGGGCUGAUAGCAACGUUCAGUGGCCAUGAUCAUGAGAACGACUGGUGUUUCAAAUGGAAUGGCACUAUCGCUGAUCAGAAUCUCACUGGCAACGGUAUUCAUAUGUGCUAUGGUCGACACACUGGUUACGGCGGCUAUGGUGAUGCUCUUCGAGGUGGACGCCAGAUACUUCUGGAUCAAACUUCCAUGAAGAAAGAAAUAGAGACAUGGAUUCGGCUGGAAGACGGUACAACUUCAGCUGCAGUCACACUAAAUUCCACGUAUGGCCAAGAUCAAUACGGAGAGCUGGCAACAAGAAUGAUGCGGGCUUCAAAUGUGGCCAGUGUCAAUCAAGAACCUGCUUUACUCCCAUUGGUUAUACUAUGGAUCUUUACUUGGAUGUGCUUCCAUUUAAGGCGGGCCUAG